GCGAAGUUUGUAUACGGUGGCGAUAAUUCAGCGGUCAAUACCGUUGACUUGGGAGUGAAAGCGAGUCUUAAACCUCACCAAAUAGAAGGAGUGUCAUGGCUCAUUCGAACAUAUCUUCUCGGCGUCAACGUCAUUCUCGGGGAUGAGGUAUGCACAUUUGGAUAUACACAAUUGUGCUCAACAUUUAACAAGUUCCUUUUUUAGAACUUGCUAUAAGUUUUCUAUUUCUGGAGUUUUUAUGGAUCAUAUCAGAAUUUUGUGCAGCAAGUAGUUAAAUUUGUUUUAGUAAAUUGGAUUAGGCUGCAAUUAAUGGCUUAAUUUGUCACCCAAGUUUUGAGUUCUCCUUUAUUUGUCUUCUUGAUACGAUCUUCCUUUUGGAUACUCUGAGUUCUGGCUGUGUCCACGGGUGCUUGUUAGACAAAGAUUUAAAUCCGUAAGAGAACUUCAUGUUGAUUGGAAGAUUUUGGAGCCUUGACUAAACGAAACAUAGGUAAAAACUAAGUGGUCUCUGCUAGGCAGAAAUCUUUUGCUUACUUGAAUCUCCUUCCUCAAGCUUAUCUAGGUUGGGCAGUAUCUCUAACUGAUGGGGUUGGGGAAGACUUUGCAAGCUAUAUCUUUGCUGAGCUAUCUGAAAGUCUAUCUAAAGACCCCUGGACCAUUCUUGGUACUCUGUCCUCUUAGCGUGACGGAUGGUUGGAUCUCUGAAAUGGCCAAUUUCGCCCCAAAAUUGAGAGUGCUAUCCUAUACUGGAGAAAAGGAGCAUCGACGCAACUUACGUAAGAAGAUGUAUGAGCAUGUGAACAAGCAGGCGUUUUCUGAUGCAAAAGCACUACCUUUUGAUGUGCUGUUGACUACUUACGACAUAGUAUUACUUGAUGAAGAUUUUCUAUCCCAAGUUCCCUGGCGUUAUGCAAUAAUUGACGAAGCACAGAGGCUCAAGAAUCCAUCUAGUGUCCUGUAUAAUGUGCUCAAAGAGCGUUUUGUUAUGCCAAGGAAAUUGUUAAUGACUGGCACUCCCAUACAAAACAACCUUUCAGAGCUUUGGGCUCUCUUACACUUCAGUAUGCCUUCAGUUUUUGGAACGCUGGAGCAGUUCCUCUCUUCAUUCAAGGAAGCUGGAGAUCCUUCAUGCCCUGAUGCAGACAAAGCUAAGGAACAAUUCAAAAUUUUGAAAUAUGUGAUAGGAGCAUUUAUGCUCCGAAGAACUAAAUCUCAGCUUAUCGAGUUGGGGACUCUUGUGCUGCCACCUCUUACUGAGAUUACUGUGAUGGCACCUUUGGUUGCCCUGCAAAAGAAGGUGUAUAUGUCCAUAUUAAGGAAGGAGCUGACUCAGCUGCUAGCACUUGCUUCUGGAGCUUCCAAUACUCGGUCAUUACAGAAUAUGGUAAUUCAACUACGAAAAGCAUGUAGUCAUCCUUACCUUUUUGCCGGUAUAGAACCGGAACCAUAUGAAGAGGGAGAACACCUAGUUCAGGCUAGCGGCAAACUGCUAAUUUUAGAUCAUCUUCUUCAAAAAUUUCAUGCAUAUGGGCAUAGGGUUCUUCUUUUUGCUCAGAUGACUCAAACACUUGAUAUAUUGCAGGAUUAUCUGGAAUUGAGGAAAUAUUCUUAUGAGCGUCUUGAUGGUUCAAUUCGUGCGGAAGAGCGGUUCGCUGCAAUCAGGAGCUUCAGUCACCAGUCAGUCAAUAAAAGAUCAAAGUCUGAAGCCAAACAAAAUGCAGCAUUUGUUUUCUUGAUUUCAACAAGAGCUGGUGGAGUUGGAUUGAAUCUUGUGGCUGCUGAUACAGUCAUAUUUUAUGAGCAAGAUUGGAAUCCCCAGGUAGACAAGCAGGCCUUGCAGCGUGCUCACCGAAUUGGUCAAACAAACCACGUGUUAUCGAUAAAUUUAGUCACAGAGCAGACAGUUGAGGAGGUCAUCAUGCGUAGAGCUCAACGGAAGUUACAGCUUAGCUACAACAUUGUAGGAGAUGAUGUCUUGGAACAGGAAGGGAAAGAGAUUGCAGGAGCUGAAGCUAGUGACUUGCGAUCUGUUAUACUUGGCUUGCAUAUGCUAGAUCCUGAAGAGGUAACCAAUGAAGAAUCAGAUCAACUUGAUAGUACUGAAUUGACUGCAAUGGUAGAAACAAUUAUUGCAUUUCGCAAUGAAGAGCGUUCAGUCAAAGAUAACAAGUUGGAGGUUAAGCCAGUUAACUUGUUAAGUGAGUUCAAUGUUGUUACGAAAAGGGGUCCAGAGUCCGUUAAGCUUGAUCAAGUUCUUGAUGAAGCUUCAUAUCUCGAGUGGGUUAAGAAAUUCAAGGAGGCAGCACAAACCAACCAAAAUACAAUUUUCGAGCUGGGAGAUAGGAGAAGCUUGCCUGAAGAAAAGCAUCUAAAAGCUGAAGCUGCAAAGAGAAAGGCAGAGGAGGAGAAAUCGUCAAAAUGGGAAGCUCUUGGAUACCACUCAUUAUCGGUCAAAGAUCCUAUAUCAGCUCUGGAUACCGAUAUCUCCUCCGAUUCUGGAGCUGUUCACUUUGUCUAUGGGGACUGCACCCGUCCUUCUAAAGUGUCUCCAUCAGAGCCAACCAUUAUAUUCAGCUGUGUUGAUACAUCAGGAAACUGGGGCCAUGGGGGUUUGUUUGAUGCAUUGGCAAGACUGUCAACUAGUGUACCCGCUGCAUAUGAGCGAGCUUCUGAAUUUGGUGAUCUUCAUCUAGGCGAUCUCCAUCUUAUAGAGAUAACAGAGGAUGUAGCUAAUGGCAGUGAUUCACCUCAUGCUCCUCAAUGGGUAGCUUUAGCUGCUGUGCAGUCAUACAACCCUAGGCGCAAAGUCCCACGUGGCAGUAUCUCCAUCCCUGACUUGGUGAGAUGUCUGUCAAAAGCAUCGUAUUCAGCUGCUCAGAAGUCUGCAUCAAUCCACAUGCCAAGAAUCGGUUAUCAGGAUGGUUCUGAUAGGUCAGAAUGGUAUACAAUUGAACGUCUGCUGCGGAAGUACGCUGCUCUCCACGGCAUAAAUAUUUUUGUGUAUUAUUUCCGACGUUCAGCACAGAGCUAAGAGAUGAAUACCCUCGGUGUUCCAUCAGCAAUUGGAUAACAUCAGGGAACAGUCCCGUAAGUGCAGAUUUUGACCUUAUGCAGCAUGAAGUUGAUCAGUCUGGAACAUUCUAGAUGUCCAAAUGGAGAAUACCUGUCUCCCUUUGGUCAAGAUGUAAGGUAAGCAAUGCCAAUUUGAUGUAGAAACCUCCUUCGUGGAGGUUUAUGUUUUCUCAGGCUGUUAGUUAUGGUCAAAGCAAAUGCCUAUACAAGCUAAUCCAAGGUUUGGUAGCUAGAAGUUGUUUGUACAAAACACUCGUACUGGGUUACUUUGUAAAUAGUUGUAACUUAUCACUUAACUAUGCUAAAUUAAUGACUUAACUAUGCUAAAUUAAUGUGCUUUGGCGUAAAAAACUAGUGUGAAUUAGUGGUGAGUUAUGAUAUUUCAUAGAUUUGAUGAUUUGACAAAUACGCCAAGGACCAGGUCCUUGAUCAGGUCCCCUGGGCACUGUACGAAACAUGACAGCUGUAAAGCUGUGUGCACUGUUCUGACUGGCAGAACUGCAGUAGCACAGGUGCAGCAUGCUGGAGGUCAAACCUGUAGCUAAAGGCCAAUAUGAAAAGAUGAAAGGUCCCUAUCCAUGGUCACAUGCUCCCUAGACCCUAAUAUAUAUACAACAUAUUGCUAGGUUAAAGAUCAACACUUGCAAAUCUGAAAAUUAUAUUUCUCUCAAGUGCAGCCGCCACCCCUCUCAAGGUGCUCUCAAGAACAAAGCCUCAACAAGCCAAAGGACCAGAUCCCUGAACUGAAGAUGCUUCAAGUCCUUAGGUUGUUGAGUCUUUGUUCCUUUGUUCUAUAAAUUGUAAACCUACUCUUAUCUUUUAAGAAGCUGUUUGUAGGUGCUUGAAUUCUCAAGGGCUGCUUGUAAGAAGUUUAUCUUCACAAGCUUUUGAGUGGUACACUAGGCUAGAGUUAGUCUAGGUGUAUUAGUUUGAAUUCUCAGAAGUUGUUUGUAGGCUGUUUACCUACUUAAGCUUUGAGUGGUACACUUGUCUAGAGGUAGGCAAGGUGUAUUAGUUUGCUUGGCUAGAGGUAGUCAAGAGUUGCUUACAAUAGGGUUAUUGUAAGGGUGAGGGAUUAAGAGUUUAAUUCCUAGGUUGCAAUAGGUUGUAAUCUGAACAUUGCUCAGUUUAGUAAAGUUGGAAAUCCUACUGGGGUAGGUCGUGGUUUUUAAUCCCUUGAGCAAGGAGUUUUUCACGUAAA